UCCAGCGUAUUAGGGUUUUAGCUUUGGGUGGAGCGCGCGAUGCCGGGGAUCCGGCGCCUCGAGGAGCUGGAGAACGGGGAGCGAAAUGCCGGUGGCGAUGGGUCCUCCAGCUCCUCGGCCGCGGUAAUCUACAGCGUACCGGGCGGAUUGAGGGAUCCAGGGCGAUUGUGGGUGUCGUGGAGCAAUGGGAACCAGCUCCAGCUCUCCUACAUCGAGAAUGCUGUGGGAGGCGGUGGAAGAGUCACGGAGAUUCAUCUGGGAGAAGGAUGGGAUGCCGAGAGGCGGCGACUGGCGUAUGAUUCUCUCCCGGCUUUUGCUCUUCUCCAGAACCAGCGGCAAUUGGGCUACAACCCAGGCGACUGGUGGGAGCAUGUAUUAGAGUAUAGCAAGAGCAUUCGCAGCGUUCUCGACCAGCCCAUUCAAGGCAAGGAGGAGAAGACGUCGAUGCUUAAGGCUGUGUGGGAGCUCAUAGAAGUUUUCUAUGUGGACAGAAGCGCGACAUGGUGGCUUCCGGAACGUCUUGUAGACUGGCUAGCGGAGUAUGACAAAGUCCUCUUGAGUGAUAAAGACACUGUACAUUCCAAGGUAGUGUCGUUCCAGCGGAAGCUUUCCGAGAUUCAAUUUCCCGAAGACGAUGUAGCUUACUGGGAUGCAAUGGCCUCGGCCUUGUCAGUCGGAUGGCUUGACGUUGUUAUAGCGUUCUUGCGGAUGCAUGGAUCGUAUCGAUUGGAUCAGCUUGAUGACCGGCAGACUGAAAAUGGCCUCGUAGAAGCAGUUACACUGCUCAUUAUGCAAAUGCCGCGGCUGCGCCCGAGGCUCCCUGAUGGAAGUCCUGGUGUUGCUAUAGGUUUUAAGCCUGACUUUUCUAAGGCGAGAGAAAAAUGGCGAAGUCAGGUUUCCAAGCUUGAAAGUAGUGUGUUUUGGGCGGAAUGCAACCACCGUGGGACGCUUCUUGGUCUUAAGAAGCUAAUACAGGUGCUAUUGGGAAACGUUGAUGUUCUACAGCUCUCUACGUUUCACUGGAUGGAGCUGCUGGUGGCGCAUUUCCUACAUCUGAUACCUUUUUCUUUGGUCUUAGAUGGAAUGCGUAGCAUAGCUUCCAAGUGCAAAGGAUUGAAAAGUUCUGGGGACGAAGACCUUCAAGAACUUUUAUCUGCAAUUAUCAGCAACGACACCGAGAUACUCUUGGCGAAUUGUUCGAAGGUUUUCAAUGCCUGGAUGAUGGCGCAUGUUGAUGAUCUCCUGAUAGCAAAAGGGGAGGACGUUCGAUCUCUUCUUGAAGAAGACAGGCAAACUCUAGGCGGCUUGAGCUUGAAAGAACUCCAUCGUUUGGUUUAUUCUCAAGUACUGUCUUCGCACAGCUUAACCUGGCAGCUAGCACCUGUUUACCUCGCGGCUUGCCCAAAGCAAGGCCUGGGAAUGCUUGAAGCUCUCCUAAUGAAGCAGAGUUGUUCCAAUCAGAAACUGGCAUUGAAGGCACUAGAGAUAUGCCGCCUCUAUGAACUUGAUACCGUCAGCACAGCCAUCGCCAGGGCUGUUGGUGUUCAUAGUUUAAAGCAUGGAAAGAAGGGCCAAGGGAUAAUGUGGCUUCAAUUGGCCCGAGACGAGCAGAGACUUUCUACUCUUGCGGAUCAGAUUUUGAACACAAUAACGUCUGGUGAAGCUGAUAGUCUGGAUAAUCUCGAGCAUUUUGAGGGUCUCUGUGACAUCCUUGGCUCGGGAGCAACGAAGCAUCAAGGCCUGUCGUUCCUAGCAAGGUACAAAAGCUUUAAGGCAGCCCUGCAAAACAUCAGAGAUCUGCGUCGUAGAGAGGCUUCCUACACGGAAAACCUCGCUGCGCUUGGCAGAGCAGCGGUGACCUCUCUUCUCCAGCUUCUAAAAUCUGGAACCUUUCCACGUAAAUUCUGGCUGUCCUUGCUCCAAGAAUCGGUGGAGCUGCUGGAAUGGCCGGAGCAAGUGCUGGUUAGCGAGUCCGAAACAAACACGCUACUCUGCUGCCUCCAGGAACUCUUCCUCGCCAGGGACCGGCUAGAGGACGACAUCCUAAGCACUGCAGAGCCUGGCGCUGUGGAUCGCCUGAGAUUGGCGCUGGCAUCCAACUUGGGCCGUGCCAUCUUGCAAAGCUGAUCGUUUCUACGAAGGUAGGAUUUCUUCUUGACCUGUACAAUUCAGAAGCGUGAGUCUAAUUAAGCAAAUAGUUUGACCGUAGAACUUCGCUAAAAGUCAAUUUUUAGUCAACAUAGUCUUCAGUCAUUGGAAAUGUUAUCGUUGAUUUUCAUACUUGAACUCAGCAAUUAAUCUACGGCUACGUUGAUUUGUUA